UUAACGUUAAUUAAUUUGUUUGUCAUUACUCAUGUUAUUUGGGUUUUACAGAUAACAGUACCAGGAAUACAGGUUAAAGAUAGCUGCUUUGUUGUCAAAGUCGAUGAUAUGACAUGUGAAUAACACAGUCAGCAGAGGCAGUUCACACCAGAUGGUAAGCUAGCAUAGCCACCUCGCUACCAUUUGCACCCUACCAGCUACAUAGACUGAAGGUACCUGUUCUGUUCUAUGCCUCUCGAAUGUUAGCCGGACGUUUAACGUCAGCUGUCCGGCAGAUUAAGCCAGAUGACUAUUUCAGUUUACUAAGAAAUCCCGGGGAAAUAAUCCUCAAAUAUAUCUGAAUCUUUUGUUUACGGAUGCCUGAGACUAGAAUUAAGAGGAGAUGGAAUCAAAGAAAGAUAACCAAGAGCCAGACUACACCAAGAUCACAGCAGUGCUGCUGAAAUCAAGGACUGGUGAAUUUGAUGUGGAAUCCAUUCUAUUUCUCAAACUAAAAAGUCUCGGAAUAUGUGAUCUGGGAUGCAUCGGAGAAUGUUUAAACCUUGAGAGGCUUGAUCUCUCUGGAAAUAAUAUCACAAAUUUAGCUCCUCUGGCGUCACUUCGUCUUCUUAUUGUUCUUAAUGUAGCAGCAAAUCGAAUUUCCAAUAUAGAACCCCUCUCCGGCUGUGAAAGUUUACAGAGUCUUAAUGUGGCUGGUAACCUCAUACCCAGUAAUGACAACCUCCUAUGCCUUAAGUCCCUAAAAAAGCUGGAGAGUAUUCGACUGAAAGAUAACACUUAUAAUUACUCCAAUCCAGUCUGCAAAAACCCAUCGUAUCGGAAUAUACUUCUGGAAAUGUUCCCAAACAUCAAAGUGCUUGAUGGCGAAAGAGUGGUUGGACGUGGAAGUGACUUAUAUCAACUAUGCAAAGAUAUUGAUGACACCAUAAAAGCUGGUAUGUAUAAAAAUGGCCAGCUGCCAGAGAUGCCUGACUGCAAGCCGUGGGUCGAAGAUGGCUACUGGGAGAUAAAAAGAUCAAACAACGCUAUAGUGGAAGAGGCCUACAAGCAGUUUAAUGAUGUUCUUCAUGAAUGCAGGCUUCUAAACAACAGAGCAGCUGUUGUCAUCUCCCAGACAGAGAGGACUUUAGGCGGAAAAAAUCAACCAAAGCAGUAUGCUGUUUGAUACAAGAUAUUCGCCUCAUAGAAAACUUUUUAUUUAUUUGUUGAUUUAAUUACUUAUUUACCAUAUGCAGUGUUCCUUGUCAAAUGUCAAAACUCAGCUUUAUGGAGUAGCCAUGUUCAUUUUUGUACCAAUAUGCUUUUCUGAUGAAAAAUAGCGCCUGUGCUACUGUAAUGUCUCAAGUCUUACGUGUUGCCUGUCAUAAAAAAGUUAGGUUUGAUGCUGUGUGAACAGAGUGUGAACAGCAAGCCAUGGUGAAGAUCUAAUGAUGUGUUUGUUUAUGUGAACCCUUGGUCAAAGCCAUCUCAGGAUGCUACAAACACCUUUGCACUCACAGCACAAUACUGUACAAAAAUCACAAUGCUUUAAUUAAUGCUGCUAUUUGGAUAAACUGGGAAUUUAUUAAGCAUUUUUAAACCUUCUUUUCUUCAGAAUAUUUUUUAUCAAAGCUAUCCCAUUAUGUACUGCUAUAAGAUCAUUUGGUCAGGCCUCCAUGUUUUGUAUCCAUUGAUGGACAAGAGAUUACAUAAUUUGAAUGUUAUAUUUUACUACAUUUCAAGAUAUUGGACACCUUUUCUGAGAUAGAAUUUCCAUUACGUAAAAAAAUACAAACGGCACAAAAUGGGCAGAGAUGUAAAACUACUGUUUCAACUGCAUCAUCAGUUUUUUGUAAUGGCAGCUCCCAGGUUUCGGUUGAAUGCUUGCAUUGCAUAGAUGUCUCAUCUUGUAAAGUUAAAAUAAUAAAACCCACAAAGAUUGCA